AUGUUCAGCCUCAUCCACACUCGACUCCUGCUGCCGCAGCGUGACCCAUUCAAAAUUCUCGGCCUCACGCGCAGUGCUACCAAGGCAGAGGUGAAGAUGAGGUACCGCGAGCUCGCUCGCAUCUACCACCCUGACGCGGAGGCCGGUGAUAGUGCCAAGAUGGAGGAGGUGAAUCAUGCGUACAAGCUGCUAUUGAAGGAGGGUGGAUACGAGCGUCUACAUCUUCCAGGACCACGCGAGACGUGGGCACGUCGCGCAUAUGCUCCUCCCGGUGUAACCGCGGAGAGUAGACGUCAACCGCUGCAGGAGAUGGCCACGGCGCCCUUCACUGUAGACCAGCAAUCGUGCGGCGCUGCUGGGCCAUCGUCGGAGGCCUCUGCUAACUCUACAUCGCCACCGCUGACGGAUGAGGAGGUCGAGAAGGUGAGUGCACUAGAUGCGGCUACGGAGCGGCGGACACCUGAGGGGAAGUACUUGUAUCAAAAUCGCGACGAUCAAAGUUGGGUGGAGCUCGAUCGCUCACUGCUGCGCACGCAACUGACCCGCUACAUGUCAUUCGCUGCGCAGGCUGACAUGACUGCCGAGCUGCGACGCCGCGCCGUGCUAAAGGAAAAAGAGCAAAACGAAAAGAGUCGCUUUCAGAGGACAGCAGACCGUCUCGCGGAUAAUGCUGAGCUGCCGACGCGUAAUCCAUACCUGCUACGCAUCUACGCGCUAGUAGUCGUGUGCGUCUUCUACCUAAUGUACAAGCGCACGUUUGAGCGCACCAGCCACCAGAAGAAGCGCACACAGUUCUACCAGAUGCUGGAGGGCAACCGAGAGGAGUUGAUGACGGCGUAUGAGAAGCACAAGGACGGUUUGCAGGUAAUGGCGGUUGCCGCGGCGCUCGUCUUUCUUGCAGCCGCGGAACACAAGACGCUCGACGACCCCAUAGUGCCAAGUCCCCCAGAGACGUUUUACCGCUCUGUGGUGCCGCCGAAUGACCACUACACUGUCGUCGCUGGCGGCUAA